GUUCUGAUGUUGUUGUUGGUUUUUAGCAAUAAUAUCUUAACAUGAAAUGUUAAACUAUGAGUUAUAAUCAAAAGCACUGGAGUUCUGUUGUAAAUCGUGCUGUUGUCCAACGUGGUCAGAAUGGAAGCUUCAACUUAUGUAUUGAAGGUGGAUCAGAAUAUGGACAAUUUGUUGUAAUUGGAGAUGUUUUGACAGAUAAAGUCAUCUACCGAUCUGGGAGUUUAACACCAGGAGAAAUAAUCCUUGAGAUAAAUAGCACGCAUGUGGCUGGGUAUACACAAACUGAUGGAAUUCAGUUGAUUAAAGAUAGUGGCAACUUACUUAACAUCACUUCAGUAUUUCCAGGCCUUGGAAUUACCAGAGAUCUUCGUAAAUAUCUUGGCACAAGAUUUCAACGAGCCUCUGUAGAUCAUGAGCUGCAACAAACAAUCCGCGAUAACCUUUACAUGAGAACAGUACCAUGCACAACUAGGAAGCCACGUGAAGGAGAGGUACCAGGUGUUGAUUAUGAGUUUUUGACAGUCAACCAAUACCUAGAGCUGGAAAAGUCUGGAAAACUUCUGGAGAGCGGAUUUUACGAAUCGAAUUAUUAUGGUACGCCAAAGCCACCAAAACAACCAAUGACACCAGGAACGGGAACUCUUAGAAGACCAAAAACAAAGAAACCUCUUCCUGAAGCAAAGAAAGAGGAUACAUCGCUUCCAAAAAAUUGGGAAAUCGCUUACACACGAGAAGGAGAGCCAUAUUUUGUUGAUCAUAACACUGGACGGACUCAAUGGGAAGAUCCUAGGAAGAAAAAGAAAGCUCUGUCUACAUCACGACUUCCUACGUCUUCUUAUGGAAAUAAUGGAGACGAUGAUGACGAAUUGCCACCUGGCUGGGAGAAGGUUGAUGAUCCAAAAUAUGGAACUUAUUAUAUUGACCAUGUAAACAGAAGGACACAAUAUGAAAAGCCAGAAUUUCCUCAUAAACGAAAGAACAGUAGAAUAUUUAAUCGCUCUGAACCCGACCCAAGAGAUGCUGAACUUACUGCGAAAAAAAACUUAACAAUAGAUGCAAAGAAACUUCAAGGUGAAACUUUUCGAGUAUCAAUGAGGAAGGGUGCCAAGGGAUUUGGUUUUACAAUCGUUGGAGGAGAGCAACCUGGAGAAGUGCUGCAAGUAAACAAUAUUGUCCGAGGUGGUGCUGCAGAUGUGGAUGGUCGAUUACGAACGGGUGAUAUCAUCAUGCGGUUGAAUGGAAGAAACGUUUUGAGUUGGUCUCACGCUCAAAUCAUUCGCUUUUUACAAGGCACAAGGGUUGGAGAAGUUGUGGAAUUGGAUUUAGUUCGGGGUUACCCUCUGCCGUUUAACCCAUCAGACCCCGAUGUGAAGAAAGUGGGUUCACAAAGCAUGUCUAAUGGUCAGGACUCCAUCAGACGAUCAGCAUCUAAUAACAGUCUGGGUCCAAAGGAGAAUGGAGGUAACAGGGGCAUGAUGAAUAACAAAAGUGGCUAUUUGUCGGAUGGUGAAGGUUACAAAAGAAAUCCAGAACGACUUGGUGCGACAACACCUGUUGCAUUUCGCAGCGGCCCACCACAAUACACCGUGGUACCAGUGGUCCGUGGACCAAACGGGUUUGGUUUCACUAUAGCUGACUCUCCUUACGGUCAACGUGUCAAAGAAAUCAUUGAUCGGCAUCGGUGUCAAGGUUUGCUUCAAGGUGAUGUCAUCAUUCGUAUCAACAACUCAGUUGUUCACAACUUGGAUCAUGUCGAUGUGGUCGAAACUUUAAAAGCUUGUCCGAAGGGGCAAACUACCAAUUUUCAAGUGCAGCGAUCUGGUGUGCUGACUGUAGUAAAAUCUAUGCCCACUCCUCUAGCAGGUAAAAGACAACCAUCACGACCAAAAUCUAUGCCCAGCUUUGACGAUCAGCUUCCUACUGCUCCUGGAGUAAGAAGCAGCACCAGUAUGGGUGUAAUUGCUACCAAUGGCGAAACAAGCACGGUAAAUAACACCACAUAUGAAGAGCGCAAUCAUCCACAGGUCUCCUCCGCAGGAGAUGGAUACAAAUCAUUGAAAAGAGCCGUACAGUCACAUUCCAGAGAAACAGACGGAAGUUCGAAUUCAGGCGCGGGCUUCACUGAUCAUGUGAUCACGCUCAAGCGAGGAGAUGGCGGUUUUGGGUUUAGAAUAAUAGGAGGUCAAGAAGAAAGAACGCAGGUGUCUGUGGACACUAUCGUACCAAACGGAGCUGCGGAGAAGGAUGGUCGGUUACGUCAUGGCGAUAUCAUCUUAGCUGUGGACGGUGUUAAUGUUGUAGAUGCGAGCCACAAGAAGGUUAUCUCCUUAAUGAUUGACGCAGGUGGUAAUGGACAGGUUACUCUGAGAAUACGAAGAAAAACAGAAAGCUCAAGUUCUGCAUUACCCAACAAUGUUACUGAAACUAGUGAUGGAAGAAGUCCUUCAAUGAAUGCUCUACCUGUACGUUUAAUUAACGAUCUUGGCGAGUCUGUCCCAUCAGCAGUUUCUCAUAUUCGCGAUCGUCGCAAAUCUGACAGCGAGAGUGUCCACUCGGAUAAACAAGUUGCUGAAUGGAUCGAAGAUCAACAACGACCUCGUAACACGAAACCAUAUCGAGAAUUUCAAGCGAAUGGCUUACGAAGUAAAAGUGAAUCCAACCUUGGCGGUAGACCAAAAUCCUGCCCACCACCUGUUGCUCCUAAACCUAUGAAGACUAAUUCGAAAGAGGUGUUGUUAUCUCGUAACUCGAAUGAAGGGUUUGGUUUCGUCAUCAUGUCUUCUCCCUCAUCAAACGGAUCAGUCAUAGGUCGGAUUAUACCUGGAAGUCCGGCUGAUCGGUGUGGCGAGUUAUCUGUAGACGAUAAAUUAUUGGCUGUCAAUGACAAUGAUGUCAGUGGGAUUAGCCAUAGCGAGAUCGUUUCGAUGGUUAAAAACUCAGGAUUGCAAGUAAAACUUUUGAUCGACAGACCUGGUGAAAAUAGUCGACCAAACAGUCAGAGCGAUGAAGUGGUGGAUGCACCGCCAAGACCUGCGGGACCAAGAAACUAUGUACCUGCAACUCAAAGCUAUAACAGACAGACUGAUAACUUGAGAGAGGAAUACCAAAGACAACGUCAGGAUUUGGAGGAAUCAAAAAUGCGUGAUAUUCGCGAUCGAGAGAACCGUCAGCCAGCACGGCCAAAAUCAGCUCCACUAUCGGCAUUUCAACGACCGUCCGGUAACUCAACUGUCCAGCGCGUAACAGUUUCGUCAAUCGACAAUGGUUUUCGUGGAUCCAUGACACGCGACGAUCGCGCAAACAUUCAAGAAUCGGCAAGACGUAAAAUAAGUGCUGGAGACACUGUGUCUAUAACCUUACACAGAGGAGAGCGAGGGUUUGGAUUUAGUAUCCGUGGAGGAGAAGGAAUGCCUCUCUUUGUUUUAAGAAUAGCUGAAGGAGGACCUGCUUACGAAGAUGGGAGAGUAAAUGUGGGCGACGAAAUCUUGGAGAUUAAUGGACAAAACGCUGAAGUGAUGUCUCACGCAGAAGCAGUAAAUACUAUACGAAAUUGUGCUGACACUGCAACAUUGCUCAUUAGAAGACCAUUACGUCCUAUUGUAACUAGCGAAGAAAGAGUUCCCAAUGGAUACUCAUCACAAAACGAACUUCCUCGAAAAGCUCCAUUUGAAAGACCGAAGUCCGGCUAUUAUUAACAAAACAAAGUUCAUUUUAAACGCUAAUAAUUUUUGUCAGGUGCCUAUCAUGGUUAGUACAUUAUUUAUGUGGUAGGUUGGUACUGAUAUAUUGCAAGGUGCCUGAAUGAAAAUGAGAGUCAAAAGAAAAAUUUCGCGCCGUUGGAUUCUACCACAUUUUUAAUGAAUACAUGAAUGAAUAUGUUAGAUUUAACCAGACACAAAAAUAGCACUAUAUAUGUGAGAUAUUUUUUGUUGUAAAGUGAAAAAUUUCUUAUCAAUUUUUCACCUUCUUUUAGAUUUUAAAGUUUACCAUAUAAUGUUGUAAUGUUAACUAUAUCCGCUCUGUAUUUAGUGAUGCAUUAUUUCUAUCCUGUAUGUAGUGAUACGUUUUACACGCGCUUUUAACGAUAUUUCAACAAUACUUAUCACGUUUUUAACGAUAUUUCAACUUUGUAACGUACAUGACGGCCUUUUAACGAUACAUGUCACGCUUUUAACGAUAUUUUAACGAUACAUGUCACGCUUUAACGAUACAUGUCACGCUUUUAACGAUACAUGUCACGCUUUAACAAUACAUGUCACGCUUUAACCGAUAUUUCAACGAAACUAGUCACGCUUUUAACGAUUAAAUUGACAUUGAUUUUAAGUAUUAAUACAAGGACUGGGUACAAGGUGGAUAAAUUUUAAUGUUUAUAAUUCACACUUUUAUAUUUUACUUACGUUUGGUAAAAUUAUGUGUAGGGAUUGUCUGUGAGAAACAACUUCGUUUCCAGGUUGUUUUUAAACAAGAUCUUUUCUUUUUAAUUUUUUCUCUAUUUUCAAACAUUUGGUUUUAAGUUGUGAGAAGGAGGGAAACAAGACUGCUUUCAAAUUUCGUACAUUUUUUUGUUAUUAGUUCUUAUCCUUGUAAAGUUUGUUUUGUAGAUUAGAUAAUAAAAUAUGA